UAUUUUUGCCGCAUUUACACUGCUUGGACGUUUUCUUUGGUGCAUAUUUCACUAGUUCAUUCUUAUUUUAUGCUUUACUCGCGCGGCAUUCUUAUUCAAGAUGUUGUUGCAUAAACAUGCGGAUGAAGUUUUCGAGGAAGUUGAGGUGUUGUUACUGAAAAUUUCAAGGUAAGUCACAUAAAUUUUAAUUUAGUUGUUAAAGGUAUUAAUUAAUUAAUAAUUAUUAUUGCAAAAGACUCCACUGAAUGUUUUCUGUUAUUUCUGUUAUACUUUUCUUGCUUCCCUAAUAUCAUGACUGAAAAUUAAGAAUCAAUUGACAUUGCCUGAGUGAAUUCAUAUAUAGGAAUUCUUCAAAGACUUGUAAUUUUCUCCAAAUAGAACCUGUGCUUUUGUAUACUAACUAAUUAGUAGAUCCUAAUUAAUUACAUAAAUAAUUACAUAAUCUUAUGUCAUAUUGCCCUUAUCAGUCAGAACAUUGUGAUUUAUGGAUCUUUGAUCUGCAGCUGCACUGCCUAAGGGCGGACUUUGGUGCUUUAUGACUGAUUGGUCCUAGCUAACAGCCAAUCAAAAUAGACUACAGCAUCAAAAUUUAUGUGAGAUAACUGCAUCUUAUCAUUAAAUGAUAAUUUACUGUUUCAGUCAGAACUGUUUUUCUUUUGCUUGUUUUAAACUUAUAUUUUAAGAACUGGGUAACAAGUGUGAGUUUUACUGGCAUGAGUCAACAUCUUUCAAGAUAUUAGCAUGGCUAGCCCAAGACAUACCUUUCGGAAUAUUAACACACCUUCAAAACAAAAGCGAGAACCAGUAAAUACACCUUCAAAAAGAGCCAAAUUCCGUCAGCUGUUUGAUGAACCGGACAAUAAUGAUAUUCUUGUGGAGAAAAUAUCAGUUGUGAAGGAUACUUUUCUGCGAGGAACUGAAGUACAGGAUCCUAGUAUUCUCACAGCCAGUCUAGUGUGCACAUAUGGCUUAAACUAUGUAGUAAGAUUAUUAGGUGCUAUCCGCCAUGUGCCAAAUUCUUUCUUAGAACGGUAUCAAUACAUAUUUAAGAUUAUGAAUUGUGAUGGAAAUCACUUAUCUCUAAAUCUUGUAGAAAAGUAUGUAAGAUCAUUGCAAGUGUAUGCUAAUCAGUGUGGUUUUGAGGUUGACAGAAAUACAUUGUGGAGUUGUACAAACAAAUAUGAUGAAGGUUUUUUAGUUUUUCUUGUACCUCCUGUCAGUGAAUGUCUACAAUGCAGUGGGACACUUUAUCCUUUAAACAAAGUUCAAGUAACUCUGUUUACCAUGAAUGGACCAAGGCCAGGUAUGAAGACAACAACACGGUGCAAGAAAGGUUGUGGUGCCAUCUAUAAUGUUGACAGAUACUCAUGCCCUGCAAAAGGCACUUUCUUCUACAGUGAAAAGCAACCUGUGAUAAGUUCAUCAAACUGUGUCUAUUUGACAAGAGACGUUCAUGAGCUCCUCUGCGAAUCUGGAAAUCACGCAUUUGUUUCCCAUCAUGCCUUCUCAGAAAUUUACAACUCCCUCUUCUCAAAUUGUGUGCAUACAAAUGAAUUCAGAAAGUGGUUGGUUUCUAGAAAAGAAGAGUGUGCAGGUAAGAAACUUUUAAAUAUAUUUUUUUUAUCUGUCACAAAAGUUUGUUCGGACCACAUCUUUAAACCUACUACUAAACUGCUUAGAUGCUCAGUAGAUAUAUUAUAUAUAUAUUACUAUAUUGAUAUAUUGUGCCAUUACUUUUAGGCUGCAUUGCAUUUUGCUGAUGUUUUGUGUCACUUAUAUUCAUGAGUGUAAUUCUUUUUGUGCAUUAGUUCAUUUUGUUAUUAAGGGUUCAAUGGAUAUUUGACUGUUUGAUGUCUUGAAACUUGAACAUC